CAAAGGACCCGUCCUGUCGCAACCCACACCGGCCAGAGACUGUGAACAUCGCGCACAAGCAGCAGGGAAAUCAAUAAACAGCUGUGUCAUAAGUUCAAACAUGAGUCUCUGGGAAAGGACAGGCAUUUGACCUGGCUGUCAACUGGUAGCUAGCUAGGAGGCCUGCUGGGAGGACAGACGCGACGAUAAAGAAACGGACCCCUGAGCGAGUCGCCUGCUGGAUUUCUUGGCUGACGACGUACGCGACCCAAGAGCACCCCGCCAUCUGCCACCGAAGCUGCCCCUCUCCCCACUCAAGCUCACAGGAAGUGAGCUCUGUAUGGAGUCUUGGCACGUUUGACACUUCUCCCUGGCCAGUCCCUCUGCGCCGCCGUCCAAGGUCGACCACACCAAAGGCAGUGUCUUUUCCCUCCUUUCCCCCUUUUCCUUCCUCUGUUUUCCCGCAUACACCAGCUUCACCAUAACAAAUUGUCUGCCAAGGGACUGAUCGAAGUCGUCUCUUUUGAGCAAACCACGCAUCUACAUACCCCGCCACUGCUUCCUUGGGCUUCACCAAGCUCCCAAGUGAUCACCAACGCUGUAGAUUCACACUAGCCAACCAACAAGGCGGUCAGCAAGACUACAGACCGCCAUGUCGUCCUCCCUCAAGAUGACCCCCCUCUUGAUGGGGGUGGUCGUCCUUUUCCUCUUUGCCGGCCAUGCUCAUGCAUUUGGUGCUGGAAACAUCGCCAGCAUCUCCAAAGUUGAAGGACAGAACUGGCGUCAUGGCGAUAUCGAGGACGCCCUCCUGAAGAUUAUGAUGGCUCGAGCCGUCGGAGGCAAGAAGUUCGACAAGCUGGCGGUCUCGCGUACUUACUUCGGCAACUGGCUGAGAGAUUACUCCCAGGCCAUCGAUGUUGGCACCGUGAAGAGCGUUUCGGCUGAGGCUAUUCGCCUCCUUCUCUGCGUAUUGGGCUUCUUGACAUUUGGCUACGGAUCUCGCGAGUUCGAGGUCACUGCUGACCGUCUCGGCUGCUACCGCCCAGAAGACCACAUCGACAACCCCAAGAAUUAUGCCGACAACGAAGACGCCCGUCAAUAUGACCGUCGCCUGCGAGGCCCCAUCGACGAGAGCGUCGAGCUGGCCGUCGAUGAAGAGACAGGCAUGAAGAACUACAUCGCCAAUGAGAACGCGAACAUCAUGACCAGUGCUCUCCAUGUCCGGCGCCUCUUCACCAAGUGUGUCGAGCUCGGCAGACGGUAUCAGCGCGAUAACAGGAAGGAAGAUCUGUAUGAAGCGCUUCGCCUGAUGGGUACUGGACUACACUGCUUGGAAGACUACCUGGCUCACAGCAACUAUUGCGAGCUUGCGCUUAUCGAGAUGGGAGAGCGCGAUGUGUUCCCCCACGUCGGUCGCAACACCCAGAUGCGCCUGCCUGGUGCUCGCCACGAAGUCUACCCGAUUGUCACCGGUACCUUCGGCGGUGUUGACUUCCUGCACUCCGUCACGGGUGAGGUUUCCGACAAGCUGACCCAGAACGAGAUUGAUGAGCUUGAGGGCACCCUCCAGCAGAGCCAGAACACGGACACCAGCCUUCUACGCAAUCUCCUGGACAAGAUCCCCGACGGCUUUUUCGGAGGUGACGACAAGAAGUCCAAGAUGGACGACAUCCAGCACAACGCAAGCGCUGCCCAGGUCGAGCAGAUGUCUGUUUCUCCCCGUGACCCUGAAGAGUACACGCUCUACGUCCAGCAAAUCUUCCGCCAGGUCAUGCCUGCGAUUGAGUUCCAUGACGAGAUUCUCCAAAGUGUCACCGAGGCCAUCGAGAAGAUCCCAAUCCUGCCCCAGAUUGUUGAGCAGCUCGAGGAGCAGCUCUCCGUCUUCGUUUUCUCCGUCAUCGCUCCUUUCGUCGUUCCCGUCAUCAACCAGGUCAAGAAUGAGCUCAAGACCGGCUCUGAGGAGGUCAUCCACUCCAGUGAGAACGAGCAGCACAUCGUCUUCAAUGAUGACGACAGUACUGACCCCACCCACUCCAUGCUGUCCAAGGAUCACUUCUCCAACAUCCUGAACGAAAUUGCUGGCAGGACUGCUAGCAAGGUCGUCGCCUGGACCGUCCCGCAGCUCAUGGAGGCCAUUGACGACGAUGGCGCCGACAUUGACCGCGUUUGCAGCCGCAUCAUCUCGGGUGUCCUUCACCACCCUGCCCAGCGCGACAUGGGCGAGGAUGGCGCCCGCGAAGGCCGUGAGAUGAUGUUCCGGAGUGUUGAAGAGUGGUGGAACGAUAUGUCCGAGGAUGCCAAGGAUGAGUAUCGCCAGAAGCUAUCUCGCAGGGGAGUUCAGAACGGGGAGAACCACAAGGAGGGCGUGCACGACACCGGCCACGGCCACGGAUGCUCUGGCAAGCUGAGCAUGCACAAGCAGUUCGGCAAGGGUGGUGACCAAUCCGUCGAGGACAGGAUCGCGUCUGCGGCCGCAGGUGCUAUCAUCGGCGGUGUAACCUCUGGCAUCUCCGACAUGGUUUCCAACCAGACAGGCGGCAGGGUCAACCUGCCCGACAGCAACGACCCUAACAAGGGCGGCGGCCUCCUCGGCAACGUGUCAUCGCUUCUUGAGGGCGCGUUCGACAAGAACUCGAGCUCGUUCGAGUCGCGCCGUCGUGACGACGAUGGGGGGUACACGCAGUCUGUGUCGCAGUACGGCCGUAGCGAUGAUGGCCGUCGCUACGAGCAGGCCGAGUACUCGCAGACCCGUUAUGAUGACGGGCGUGAGAGGGAGGAAUACCGUCGCACCGAGCAGAGGGAGGACGGCGGGGGCCGGGAGCACGGAUACUCCUACCAGGAGACCCAGGAGAGCUACGGUGGGCGUCAGCACCACGAGGAGAGUCGCUGGGAGGGCGAGACCUCCAGCUACCGCCGGGAGGAGAGUGAGAGUUAUGGAGGGGGGUACGGCGGCUCGCGGCGCGAAGAGUCUGAGAGCUAUGGCUCUUCGCGACGAGAGGAGUCUGGGGGCUACGGUGGCGGCUACGGCCGACAAGAGUCGGGAGGCUACGGCGGUGGAGGAGGUGGCUAUGGCUCCUCCGGACGCGAGGAGAGCUACGGGGGAGGCUAUGACUCUGGACGACGCGACGAAUACGGCGGCGGCCAGCAGGAGGGAGGCUACGGAGGCGACAACUCGUCUGGCAGGCGCCGGGACGACGACGAUAACAACAACGAUCUGGUCGGAAACCUUGUUGAAGGCGCUGCGAAGCACUUCUUUGGCGGCGACAAGGACCGUCGCGAGGGCGGGGGCGGGGGCUGGUUCUCUUAGGCAGAUGACCUCUCACGCAGGUUUCGUUCCAGAUCACCAGAUCGUGGAGCCGACUAGAUCGGGCCUAUACCAAGCUAUGCCGAGCUUCAGUCUUGCCGGAGAGGGCUGACCGGGGCUCGCGGACGAAUUACAAGUGUUUUGUUUUAGUAAUGAUAUUUCGCCAUGCUCCUUCA